AUGGAAAGAAGAGAAAAAGGUGAGGAAAGGGAAGGGUUAAUGGUGGAAAAGUUGAAAGGAGGGAUUGUUGUGGGGAAAAGAGGAGGCCCUUCAACUCCCCCACCCAUAUGGAGACUUGAGUUUCCCUCUCAGCAAAAUAAGAAUAAUGGUAACUACAAAAGCAAAAAUAGAAACCAGGUUCAAGAGUUCCUCAACUUUCCCACCUCAACAACACUCUCUGCCAGAAAACUCUGUGCCAAACUCUGGCAAAUUCAGCCCCACCAACAGGCCCCACUUCCCAAAAUGAACAAGCCUCCACUCACCCGCCGCCACCGUAGGGACACACUUCUCAAGGUUUCGAAUCUUAAACAUAUGUCUCAGCCUCCUCAUAGUCACAUGCCAGCAUCCGUUACGGGCUUGACAAGACAUGUUCGAACAUCACUGGUCCAACACCAUAGAUCAGCUAGAAAUGGUCGCACUAAACAGCCUGUAUCCCCUCCUUGUCACAGUAGUUCAAUGCAAGUUGCACAGUAUAAUCAUCCUCUAAGAUACUUCAAGGGUUGGAUUACAGAGUCAAGUCGCAACCCUAAAACAUCCAGAGAGUUACUCAAGGUACUCAACCAUAUCUGGUGUCUUGAAGAACAGCAUGCGUCAAACCUAUCAGUAGUGAAAGCCCUAAAAAGGGAACUAGAUCUUUCUCGAGCACAGGUUAAAGAGUUACAACAAGAAAAUCAAUUGAAUGAGCAUGAAAUGGAGAACCUAUUGAAGCAAAUAACUGAGGAGAAGCUUGUCAGGAAGAACAAAGAGCAUGAUAAAAUUAAAGCUUCAAUUCAAUCUGUCAUGCAAGAGAUGGAAGAUGAAAGGAGGUUAAGAAAGCAUUCAGAAAGCCUGCAUCGGAGGCUGGCUAGGGAGCUUUCUGAAGUGAAGUCUUCAUUCAAUGGUUCUCUGAUAGAUCUUGAAAAAGAGAGAAAAACACGGAUCCUUUUAGAGAAUUUGUGUGAUGAUUUUGCCAAAGGCAUAAGAGAUUAUGAGUAUGAGGUACGUUCUCUUAUGCAUAAUAAUUGUGAGCAGGGUCAAGCUCAGGUUAAAGGAGAUAGCUUUGAUAGGCUAAUUCUUCAUCUAUCAGAAGCUUGGCUUGAUGAGCGCAAGCAAAUGAAGUUAGUUCAAGCUGCCCAUGAUCUCCCAGAAAUUGAUUCAUCAAUUGUUGACAAGUUAGGUGUUGACAUUGAAACAUUUCUUCAUGCAAAAAGAUCUGUUAACUUGAGAAGAUAUGGUAACUCCUCCACAAAGGAGACAAAGGAAAUUUACCCUUGCCUACAUUCACUGGAUUCCUUUCCAGUGAAGGAGGCCAUAAGGGCACCUCUGAAUGUGGCUGAAGAAGACUCCAUUGGUGCCUACAUUUUAGAGCAUAAAAGAACUUCAGACAAAGGACUGGACAAACUUGGCUCCAAAAUGAACAACAACAAUACUGCAGAGGUCCAUAGAGAAAAGAAAGGAAGGCACAAUUCUCUUAGGAAACAAGUUCAGUCCAAGGAAAUCAUUGAGGACUGCUGUGAGUUGCAAACAAGAAUGAUGAAGAACGUGUCAUGUGAUGAAAAUGAGAGUUGGUUUGUUGAGAGGAAAUCAAGUGAAAUUGGAGGGGACAGCACAAUGCUAUUUAAUACCCCUGGGGCAUCAACUGUGUGUGAGGCAACACAAGGUCCACCAAAAAGUAAUGCAUUAUUGUGGACAAAGAGAAUGAAUUCAAGUUAUGUAGUUAGAAACAGUUCCUUGUCUUCUGAAGGCGAUGAUAAUAAGGUUUAUCCAGAGAGUAUAUUCAGGGAAGACGUACUUGUUCACUCUGCACGUACUGGUAAUGGCAGUCCAGUAAAACAGUGGAAAUCUACAUUGAUUGUCCCAGAUUUUGACAAGUCUGAGUCUUGUUCCAAAUUGCCUAUUAAGGACAACGACACAUUGAUGGCAAAACUGCUUGAAGCAAGGAUGGAGAGGCAGAAAUCCCGCCGUAGAGCUAGCAUUAGCAAAAUCUCAUUUCCUUCUGCCAGACAAGUUUGUGAUGAGAAACAUAGGAAUGUCAGUAGUUGCAACGGUAUCGAACUCUGA